GGCUAAGAUGCGUCUCGGAGGUCUUACUCAGCCUCCUGGAGGAAAGGGGGAAAACCUGUGUGAGUCCAGCGAGGUCUUGCGCCUUGCCAGGUAGAGGGAGGAGACCCACCAGCGGUGGUGAGCCGAGACCCUCCCAGCUUCGUCCCUCCGGGCUCGGGGAAGGGAGGGCGGGCGGGAGGGAGUGAGCGGCGCCGUGGGGCGGGGCCGGGGCCGGGCCCGCCGGUCGCCCAAUCCUCUUCUUUCUCCGCCCCUUCCCCGCCCCCAGACCCCUUUCCACCAACUGAGCUCCGCGGUGGGCGGAGCCUGUCCCGGCCGCCGGCCUGGGUGAGAUUUUUGCCCCCCGUUCUUCCUCCCUUUCUUUCUUUUUUUAUUUUUUUUCCCUUUCCUUUUUUUGUGAAUGAAAACGGGAGGUCGCGAGCGGUCCCCGGGACUGCAGCGCUAGGCGUCUUCGCGGCCGCGCCUUCGGAGCGGGCCCGGCGCGUAGCGGCGGCGGCCUCGCCCCUCUCCUCCCCAACUGCGCGUCGCCUCCAACCUCCGCAGCCAGAGGACCCGCGGCGGCGGCGCGGCCCAGCCGCCCGAGGUCGGCGGCCGCGCGCAGCCCACUCCAGCGUGCCUCCAUGACAUUGGGCGCCCGGGGCGCGGGGAGAUGCUGAUCCGGAAGAGGCAAUGGCUGCAGUGCCGCGCGCGCGGCCGCUCCCGGCCCGCCGUCCGGCCUGGGCUGCUCUGUCAGAGUCUCUGAUCUAGCGCGACCCGGGCCCGGAGCCUGUAGCAGCGGCGGCGGCAGCAGCGGCAGCGGCGGCGGCGGCAGCAGCGGCGGCGGCGACGCCGGCAUCGACCUAACUUGCACGCGCGGAGUGACCCCAGACAUUUCACUAAAAUGAGCGUGCUUAGCAGGAAGAGAUGUGUUCCUUACACUAGAAAUUACCCCGUCACAUGUAGUGGUGUCCCAAUUAAUGGAUUCUGACAUGGAUUAUGAAAGGCCAAACGUAGAGACCAUCAAGUGCGUUGUGGUGGGAGACAACGCGGUGGGCAAGACCAGGCUCAUCUGUGCCCGGGCCUGCAAUGCUACCCUCACCCAGUACCAGCUGCUCGCCACCCAUGUGCCCACGGUUUGGGCCAUCGACCAGUAUCGGGUGUGCCAGGAGGUGCUGGAACGCUCCAGAGAUGUGGUAGAUGAUGUCAGCGUCUCCCUCCGCCUCUGGGACACCUUUGGAGACCACCACAAAGACCGUCGCUUUGCUUAUGGGAGAUCCGAUGUGGUGGUUCUGUGCUUCUCCAUUGCCAACCCCAAUUCCCUCCACCAUGUCAAGACCAUGUGGUACCCAGAAAUCAAGCACUUCUGCCCCCGAGCACCUGUCAUCUUGGUGGGGUGCCAGCUGGACCUGCGCUAUGCGGACCUGGAGGCUGUCAAUAGGGCCAGGCGACCCUUGGCUAGGCCCAUCAAGCCCAAUGAGAUCCUUCCCCCAGAGAAGGGUCGGGAGGUGGCCAAGGAGCUGGGCAUCCCCUACUAUGAGACCAGUGUGGUGGCCCAGUUUGGCAUCAAGGACGUCUUUGACAAUGCCAUCCGCGCCGCGCUCAUCUCCCGCCGCCACCUGCAGUUCUGGAAAUCCCACCUCCGCAACGUGCAGCGGCCUCUGCUGCAGGCGCCCUUCUUGCCUCCCAAGCCGCCUCCCCCCAUCAUCGUGGUGCCCGACCCCCCCUCCAGCAGCGAGGAGUGCCCCGCCCACCUCCUGGAGGACCCGCUGUGCGCGGAUGUCAUACUGGUGCUGCAGGAGCGGGUGCGCAUCUUUGCCCACAAGAUCUACCUCUCCACCUCCUCCUCCAAGUUCUACGACCUAUUUCUCAUGGACCUGAGUGAGGGGGAGCUGGGGGGCCCCUCGGGCCCCGGGGGCCCCCGCCCAGAGGACCACCGGGGUCACCCCGAUCACCACCACCACCAUCACCACCACCACCAUGGCCGGGACUUCCUGCUGCGGGCGGCCAGCUUUGACGUAUGCGAGAGUGUGGAGGAGGGUGGGGGCUCGGGGCCUGCUGGGCUCCGUGCUUCUACCAGCGAUGGGAUCUUACGUGGCAAUGGAACAGGUUAUCUGCCUGGGAGGGGCCGGGUACUAUCUUCCUGGAGCCGAGCUUUUGUGAGCAUCCAGGAGGAAAUGGCAGAAGAUCCUCUGACCUACAAGUCCCGGCUGAUGGUGGUGGUAAAGAUGGAUAACUCCAUCCAGCCGGGACCCUUCCGGGCUGUUCUGAAGUACCUGUACACCGGGGAGCUGGACGAAAAUGAGCGCGACCUCAUGCACAUCGCCCACAUUGCCGAACUGCUUGAGGUCUUUGAUCUGCGCAUGAUGGUGGCCAACAUUCUCAACAAUGAGGCCUUCAUGAACCAAGAGAUCACUAAGGCCUUCCAUGUCCGCCGGACCAACCGGGUGAAGGAGUGCUUGGCAAAAGGCACCUUUUCAGAUGUGACCUUCAUCCUGGACGAUGGCACCAUCAGCGCCCAUAAGCCCCUGUUGAUUUCCAGCUGUGACUGGAUGGCCGCCAUGUUUGGGGGACCAUUCGUGGAGAGUUCCACCAGGGAGGUGGUGUUCCCGUACACGAGCAAGAGCUGCAUGAGGGCCGUGCUGGAGUACCUCUACACGGGCAUGUUCACCUCCAGCCCCGACCUGGAUGACAUGAAGCUCAUCAUCCUGGCCAACCGCCUCUGCCUGCCGCACCUGGUUGCCCUCACAGAGCAGUACACAGUGACCGGGCUGAUGGAAGCAACACAGAUGAUGGUGGACAUUGAUGGGGACGUCCUCGUGUUCCUAGAACUGGCUCAGUUCCACUGCGCAUACCAACUGGCCGACUGGUGUCUUCACCACAUCUGCACCAACUACAACAACGUGUGCCGCAAGUUCCCCCGAGACAUGAAGGCCAUGUCCCCAGAAAACCAGGAGUACUUCGAGAAGCACCGGUGGCCGCCCGUCUGGUACCUGAAGGAAGAGGAUCACUACCAGCGGGCACGGAAGGAGCGUGAGAAGGAGGACUAUCUCCACCUGAAACGGCAGCCCAAGCGGCGGUGGCUGUUCUGGAACAGUCCCUCCUCUCCGUCCUCUUCUGCAGCCUCCUCGUCAUCCCCAUCUUCCUCCUCGGCUGUGGUCUGAGACGCUGCCAUCCUCUUCUGACCCUGCUGCUCUUCCCCCCUCUCGCCUUUGCCCCUCUGCUCUUCUGCACCGCCCCUCCACCUUCCAGGGACAAGGGGACCCACGUAACCAGGACCCCAAGGGCAGAGCUGUUCUCACCAGCUGACGUAGCUCAGCGAGAGAGGAGGGGGGCCUUGUGGAUCAGUGCAGGGACCCCCUGCAGGGGACCCUAGUUCCAGAGCGGGGUGGUAGGCUGACAGCUACAGAGAGGCAGGGGGCAGGGAGGGCGCAGAGAGCUCUGGCAUCUGACUCUGGCGUGGAGAAUGCUGGGGUCCAUGGGAGACUCUCCCAGCCAGGAAGCUGUGAGGCUCGGUCUGUGGAGGCGGCCCCCUCCCAGGAGUGGCUGUGCACAGAGAGGGUCUUGUCUCUUGGCCACAUUUUUCCAGCCACGGACCUGAGGGUAGCAGAUGUUUUGUGGGGCGCCUACUCAGAUCCUUGCUGGAGAGGUCAGGGUAGAAAUGAAACUUUCAGACCCAACUUGAGGCUUCCACAUCCUGGGGUGAAGCUGCUGAGGACAUGGGUGGGAAGGCCCUCCCUCCCUGGGUGUGAGUGUCCAGGCCUGAUCAAGGAUGGCACAGCCUGGUCUGAGCUUUCGGUCUUGGCGCAGUGAGAAACUUCUCCCUCCCCGUCCUUGCCCCACUCAGAUCCAGAGAUGGGAACCGAAGGAAACAGCUGGAACAGGAGAGGAGAAAGUUGGGGGGGGUGGUUUCUGGGUGCAGCAACCCCAUGCUCUUCUGGGCUGCUCCCCCUGCCUCUGGUUAGCACGGCUUCUUAGCACGGUGGGGCAAAAUCAGCAAAAAACAAAACGAAACAAAAACAAAAAAAAACACAGAAAAACCGAAAUCCCAAACAGCAGCAAAAUCACCCCAACAAAAACAUGUUGGCUUCUAUCCCCUCGAAGAAAAACAACA